GCGGCCUCGCUGGAGCGGCACGGCCAGGGCGGCAGCUGCAAGGAGGAGCCCACGCCGUUCGCCUACCACAACACCUUCCUCCUGGCCGACCGCACCGAGGCCUGGGUGCUGGAGACGGCCGGCCCGUACUGGGCAGCUCAGCAGAUCAGAGAGGGGAGCCGCAACAUCUCCAACCAGCUCAGCAUCGGCACGGACAUCACGGCCGAGCAUGUAGGGCUGCGGCAGCGCGCCCAGAGCCAGGGCUGGUGGAGCGGGGCCGGGGAGUUCAGCUUCGCCGAGGUCUUCUCCCUGGCGCAGCAGCCCGUCCGCAUGGGGGCCGGCUCCUGGGGACCCAGCCUGGCGGUGACGUGGCUCUCUGCCUGCCCGCCAGGCCAUGUCACAGCAGAGACCUUCAUGGCCAUCCUCCGGGACAAGGCCAGCGGGAUCUGCGUGGACUCGGAGGGCUUCCGCACAGCAGGCAGCAUGGUGUCCGUGCUGCCCCAGGACCCUGCCUUGCCCUGCAUCCACUUCUUCACGGCCACCCCCGACCCCUCCAGAUCCGUGUUCAAACCCUUCGUCUUUGUGGCCGGCCUCAAGCCUGCACCCCAGGUGAGAUCUCCCAGCUUUGCUGAUGACCCCGCCAGGAAGAUCCCACGGUUCCAGAGCAGAGUCGAUCGGCGGCAUGAGCUCUACCGCCGGCAUCAGGCAGCGCUGGAGCUGAUGGAGAGCAAUCCGGAGCAGGGCCAGAAGCUCCAGCAAACGCUGCGGGACCUGGAGAGGCAGGGCUUGGAGGCGGUGAACGCGCUGCUGGCGGGGACCAUGGCUCCGAGCCCGGAGGAGCUCGCCGAGCUCUUCUUUGACUGUGUGGACACAGAGAUGAAGUUUUACAAAUAAACUCUGUACAGCAGGGAGCAUUGCAAGGAGAUGAGAAAAUGUUCCUCCCGCUGCCAUGUCCCAGUUCCUCGCCUCCCGCUGCACAAGUGCUGCCCUGUGCUGGCUGCUAAACUGCACGGAGAGAAACGGCUCAACUGGCGUCUCCUGACCCUGCCCAGGGGCGUGGAGCCCCCAGCCCCAUUACUUGUCCCGUAGGAAUUGGCUCUUUCAGGGGUGGCUGUGACCCUCAAACGCAGGUGCGGGGGGAAGGAGAGGGACCCGCCACGCGGGGGAGGAUGUGAUAUCUUCCCUCUGCUUGGCAUGUCUUUUCCCAGGGCCAUCCCACGCUGUCCUCCCCUUCCCAGCCGUGCUGUAGAGGGCCCCAGCUGCUGGCUGUGGGCUCCGUGCAGAGGCUGGGUAUGAGUCUGCAGCAGGCAGACAGACAGACUGAUGUAGGAAUAA